AUGUCGUCUAGUAUCUCGGCGACGCCAACUCUGCAGCCUUCUCCCACGGCGACGCCAAUUCCCGAGGAGGAGGAGUAUUACUCGUCAUGGUCGCUUUUCCUCGUCUGCGGCCUCCUCGUCCUCUCGCUGUGGACGUCAUAUUAUCUGCAAAUAAAACGAAUACGCGCCAUCCAUGAAACGUUCGUUGCCAUUAUUGGGGGAAUGUUUGUUGGCCUGGUAGUGCGGCUCGCGCCGGGGACUAUGAUACGAGAGAUGUUGACAUUCAAACAUACGUUAUUCUUCAACCUCCUGCUGCCGCCCAUCAUCCUGAACUCAGGAUACGAGCUCAAACAAGAGAACUUCUUCCGUAAUUUCGGCUCUAUACUAACAUUCGCCUUCCUGGGCACAUUCAUCUCGGCCGUCGGCGUGGGGGUACUCGUGUACAUCUACUCAUUCCUCGGACUGGAAUCUCUAGAGGUGACCCUCAUUGAAUGUCUCAUCUUCGGAUCCACGCUGUCCGCGACGGACCCAGUCACCAUCCUCGCUAUCUUCAACCAAUACAAGGUCGACCCAAAGCUCUACACUGUUAUCUUUGGAGAGAGCUUGCUGAACGAUGCUGUUAGUAUCGUCAUGUACGAGACGCUGACGCAGUUCCACGGAACUGAGAUCUACGUGUCAUCUCUCUUCCACGGAAUCGGGAUAUUCUUGCUCUCAUUCAGCGUGUCAAUGGCCCUCGGCGUCUUCUUUGGGCUUGGGAUGUCGCUGCUCCUCAAGCACUCGUCCUUGGCGCUGUACCCCUCCAUCGAGACGUGUCUGGUAGCGCUAUCGGCGUACACCUGCUACUUCUUCUCCAACGGUCUGUCGAUGUCCGGCAUCGUGUCCCUGCUCUUCUGUGGCAUCACUUUGAAGCACUACGCAUACCACACCAUGUCGCGCCGGACACAACGUGCUACCAAGUACAUCUUCUCCACCCUCGCGCAGCUGUCCGAGAACUUCAUCUUCAUCUAUCUUGGCUUGUCUCUCUUUACGAGCGCACCGUCGUCGGCAAAUGUGACCAGCUACUUCAAGCCGCUGUUCGUGACGAUCACCACGGUGGCCGUGGUUUUCACCCGCUACGCCGCCGUGUUCCCGCUCUCGGAGGCGAUCAACCUGUUCCACAAGCAUGCGCGAGGUCAGCGCCAGGAAGAGCUCCCGCAUUCGUACCAAAUGAUGCUUUUCUGGGCCGGCCUACGCGGCGCCGUCGGAGUCGCGCUCGCGGCAGGCUUUAAGGGCGAGAACGCACAGACGCUGCGCACGACCGUUCUCAUCGUGGUGGUACUCACGGUCGUGGUAUUCGGCGGAACUACGGCGCGCAUGCUGGAGGUGCUGGGCAUCCGGACGGGCGUCGAGGACGACGGGGCGAGCAGCAGCGACGACGAGGAGCUGCCGCUGCGCUCGGGCUGGUACAACCGGCGCGGCGGGCGGUGGAACUUUGCGGAGGACGAGCCGAGCGUUGCCGUCGGCCACGGGUACGCGGGCAGCCCGCGGCCGUACAACCACCAGGUGCAGACCAACGCGAUGCACGCGAUCUUCUCCGCGGCGUCGUCGGACUCGUUCGACUCGGACGGGGAGGUGCUCCCGCUCGCGACGGCGUCGCUCGGGGAGCUGCCGUCCCCGGGCGGGCGGCGCAAGUCGCGCGACGGGGGCGCAGCGGCGGUGGCGGGGCCGUCGUCGACCGGCGCGGGGUCAGAAGAGGGCAAGUGGUUCCAGCAGCUGGACGAGCGGUACCUGCUGCCGCUGUUCUCGAACGCGACGGCGAGCCGGACGUUCCACGCGCGCAAGGCGCGGCGGGCGUCGGGGCUGAGCACUGGGAACGCGAGCCAGCUAGGCACGCCGGCGGACUCCGACGAGGAGGGCGACGAGGGCACGGAGGUGGACCUGACGGCGGCGGCGACGCGGGCCGCGGGUGAGCGCGAGCGGGAUCGAGUCCGGGACGACGCGGUGGCGCUGACGCCGGGGCUGAUGGACCAGAGCCGGACGGAGCGCGGGCUGGCGAGCCCGAUGCUGCGGCGGGAUAGCGAGGGCCAGGCCCGAGAGCGGGCGGGGUCGACAUCGUAG